AUGACUAUAGCUGAUACACUUGGAUGUUUCCUUUACGAACCAAGGCAGAUGUUCAGAUACAACCUGAUUCACAAAGGUUAUAAAUGUUACAAUUCUGAAGGAAAAAUAUUUGUCACUCCUAAUGUUCAGUUUAAUGAGUUAGAAUUUCCUUUCUCUAAAGAGUUGUGUCUUUCUUCUGAUUCUGCAAAUCAACCUUCAAUACCUUUUAAUAGGUUCACCUCUAUAGAUUCUAACUCUUCAGUGUCUAGUUUUCCUUAUAAUGUUGUGUCCUCAGCAACUAAUUUUACCAGUAAGGAACUCCCUUCAAGCAAACCUUGUUCUACAGGUGGUGAUUCUCCUUCAAUCUCUAGAAUGCAGUAUCAGACUCAUUUUGUCAAUAAUAAUCUGCUCAAUCUUGAUCUACACAUUCCUAAUCCUUCCCAUCAAAAUUCUGACAUCAAUUCCCACAACAACUCUAACUCUUUUGAAAAAUUCCCUGCUGUUUCACAUACCAGUUCACAAACACAACCCUUCCCAACUACCAUUCAUACUUCUUUCCCUUCUUUACAACCAACACCAAAUACAGGUUCAACCCAAUCAUUAUGUCCCCUGGAAAUAGAUCUCACUGGUUACCCUCCAGCUGCCUUAACUACAACUUUUCUCAAGUCAUCCAAAUUGUCAUCUCAUCCCAUGAAAGAGCACUUGCCUACUUGCUCACUUGCUGCUGAUUUAACACCUUCACAACCCUGCAAACCAUCCAAUUUUAGUUUACCUUCCACAUCAGCCACCAACAAAAAUAUCCAUCUUCAUUCCACCAAACCCACAACUACCAACAUUCACCCAAUGACAACCAGAUCCAAAGCUGUUGCUUCUACAACCACCACUGCUUUAAUUGUUUCCAAACCUGCCCAUCUUGAACCUAAUUCACUCUCUGAAGUCUCUGCAACUGCUGACUAG